AAUUUUUCUUUCUCCUUCUUCCUCACACUCCAUCACCUCAUGUCUUCUUCGUCCUCACACCCCACCAACCCCAUAUCUUCUCCUUUCUCUAUUUCUUUUAUUUUUUCACUUCUAUCCACAAAAAAUCUUUAAUAAAAUAAAUUCUUUAUUUUUAUGACCAAAAAAAUUCAACAAUCAAAAUGAAAUAGCAUUCUUUAAAUAAUUUCAAAACAUACAAAGACCACCUCACUCAUUGUGACCACUUAACCCAGUUCAAUUUCAACUAGUCAGAAUCACUGCUGACCCGGCUACUUUUGUUGCAGUUACCAAAAUGUCCGUCAACCCCGACACGCCGUCGACGACCAACCGAGACUGGAUUUUCCCUUCACAACCUUUCAACCCUCCCCGAACUCCGGCCCGGAGAUUCUCUUCGCCUUACCCUCGAACAACGUUGUUUCAGAACUCUCUUUCUCCUCCUCCUCCUCCUUCAAAUUCUACUUCUCCUCUACGACGCCGUAUUAGUCACCGGCACCGGAUUGUUAAACAAGAGAGUUCUGUUAGAGAUGAAAUUCAUGACAAGUCAAACGACGUCGCCGUCCUGUCAGAAGACUGUCCAAACCCGGGGAACAAAACAACAUCGGUUGAUAAGAAAUUUGCCCGUUUAUUUCGCCGCUUCACUGUUAGUCGGCAGGCGGCUUGCAUUAUUGCAGUA